AUUGGACUCGCACAGUUUUGCUAUAAAUUUAGGAACGUAACACGGUUACGUCGUAACAGAGAGUUUUCGUCUUAAGUCAUUUGCAUUAUAAUAGCUGGAUUAACUUCAAAAUUGCGUAUAAAAUGAAGGUGAAAUUGUUGAUUGUUCUGUGUAUUCUGAAAUUAACAUCAUGUGACUUAGAAUAUAGUCAAAAAGUAGACGACUCACUUUUUAUCGUGGGGGGAUCACCCGCUUAUGAUGGCCAAGCUCCAUACCAGUGCUCCAUGCAGAAAAUAAGAUACGGCUCUCACUUUUGUGGGUGUGCAAUUAUAUCUGAUCGUUGGGUUGUAACAGCUGCGCAUUGUCUUGGUAAACCUGUAAAUGGAAUUGAAAUAAGAGUUGGAUCGAACAAGAAGAAUUCGGGUGGUCAGGUCCUUAGAGUGGAAAAAACAAUUAGACACCCGAAGUAUAGUAAACAUGGUAAUCCUGUAAACGAUAUUGGUUUGGUUAAUGUUCAAGGCAACAUCAAAUUCAAUGAUAAAGUUAAACCGAUCAAUUAUGGUGGAUCAGAACCAUCGCCCGGCACUGAACUGUUGGCUACGGGCUGGGGCAUGACUCCCUAUGCAUCACCAGAAGACUUGCAGCAGCUUAAAGUAACGGCUAUUUCACUUGAAGAGUGUCAAAGUACAUGGUCUGGUAUCGAUGCAAGCGUUCUUUGUACAUCAAGUCCAAAUGGCCAAGGAAUGUGCAAGGGUGACUCCGGAAGUCCUCUUGUUAAUGAAAAUAUACUCGUUGGAUUAGUUUCUUUUGGAGAACCCUGUGCUAAAGGGAGGCCAGACGCUUUUGCAAAUGUAGCCCAUUUCAGAAACUGGAUCAAAUCAACCGCAGUCUAAGUGUUUGAAUUACCUUUACAAAUGCGCUUUCGUGACGAAUCAAUAAAACGAAUUCAUUAUGAUCAA